AUCUUGAACUGCAAGAAUUUAAGUAGAUAAGUCCCAACAAUAUCUCUAACUAAAUUAAGGUUUAUAUAUAUUAGAGACAUUGCAAAAAAUCAGAAAAAUAUAAAAAAUGGUGUUACUAGAUUCACAAUGGUUCAUCCUAGUAGUAGCUUUGUUAGGUGGAUAUGCAUUUGUAUUUGGUUUCAUUAGGAGAUUGAAUGAAUGGUAUUAUGUUAGUAGGUUGGGAAAAUUACCUCUCCCACUCCCACCAGGUGAUAUGGGAUGGCCUUUCCUUGGUAACAUGCCUACCUUCCUCAAAGCUUUCAAAUCUGAUCCUGAUUCCUUCAUCAAUAAUCUUGUUUCCAGAUAUGGAAGGACAGGUAUGUACAGGACACAUUUGUUUGGAAGUCCAAGCAUCGUAGUAUGUACACCAGAAACAUGUCGUAAGGUUCUAACAGAUGAAGAGAAUCUUAAACUUGGUUACCCUUCUUCAGCAACAGCCCUUACAGGAAAAAGAUCAUUCCAUGGAAUCUCAAAUAAUGAACACCGUCGUUUGCGGCGAUUAAUAACAUCUCCUAUAAAUGGUCAUGAAGCAUUGUCAAGUUAUAUUGGUCUUAUAGAAGAUAUUGCUGUGAAACAUUUAGAAAAGUUGUCUACAAUGAACAUGCCAAUUGAGUUUCUUAAAGAGAUGAGAAAGUUUGCUUUUGAAGUUAUUACUAUUAUCUUCAUUUCAUCUGAUUGUGAUCAUGUUGAUCUUGGUUUGGUUGAGAAUUUGUAUAUUGAUUUGAACAAGGGAAUGAAGUCACUUUCUAUCAAUCUUCCUGGAUUUGCAUUCCAUAAAGCACUCAAGGCACGAAAGAAAUUGCUGAAGAUGUUGCAAGGUGUAGUGGACCAAAAGAGGAAGAAUAAUAUUAAUAAUAAUAAUAAUAAUAGAGAGAAAAAAGAUAUGAUGGAUUUAUUGAUGGAAGUCAAAGAUGAAGAAGGUAAUAUGUUGGAAGAUGAAGAUAUUAUAGAUUUACUUCUUGUGUUCUUGUUAGCUGGUCAUGAAAGCUCUGCUCAUGGAAUUUUGUGGACUAUUAUCUACCUCUUGGAUCAUCCACAUGUCCUCCAAAAAACCAAGAAAGAACAAGAAGAGAUCAUGGAAAUAAGGCCUUCCACUCAAAAAGGACUCAACAUUAAGGAAAUUAAGCAAAUGGAGUAUUUAUCAAAGGUUAUUGAUGAGAUGCUGCGUAAAACAACUAUAUCGUUUGCAAACUUUAGAUUGGCAAAAGUUGAUGUUAAUAUCAAUGGUUAUACUAUACCAAAAGGAUGGAAAGUACUAGUUUGGAAUAGAGGUGUUCACAUGGAUCCUGAAACUUACUCCAACCCAAAGGAAUUUGAUCCUUCAAGAUGGGAGAAUUACAAAGCAAGAGCAGGAUCAUUCCUUCCAUUUGGAUUAGGAAGCAGAUUUUGUCCUGGAAGUGAUUUAGCUAAACUUGAGAUAACUAUUUUCCUUCAUCAUUUUCUUCUUAAUUACAGGAUGGAAAGACUUAAUCCAGAUUCUCCAAUUACCUACUUGCCAGUGCCAAGACCUACAGACAAUUGCCUUGCAAGGAUUAUAAAAGUAACUUAAAUCAUGGGAUUUAUAAGACUCUUGUAAUUAAACAAGGGCAAGAAACAUGUGGCAAUGUUAUAGGUUGUUUGGUCUCACAGUGACUAUGUUUGAAUUACGGUGAUCUACCAUGAUUUUGCAUAAGCUACGAAUUAUAACUUUUAGAAAAUUACGACGGAUCAUCGUAAUUCUGACAUACCUACCGUAAUACCAAAUAUAUAUAUUUAGAUGUUCCUAACUCUUAGUAUAUAUUCUUGUUAAUUACAUUAUAUAACAUAUUUAAAUAAAGUUCAAGCCAUAGGGUUUAGUUUAGGCCAUGGAAUUUUAAUAAUUUACAAUAGCCCAUGUGAUAGGCUAGGAAAGAGAGAAAUCAAAUGUUGGUACUUUGUUGUUAUUGAAUUUUGACUUUGAUUAUAAUGAGUUUGUCCGUACUUGUUAAUUAUUGAAAUAAAUUCAUGUCAAGUAACCGAGUCAUGAAAUUUCAAAAUUAAGAAAAAA